AUGGAGUGGUUGGUGUAUUGCAUAGUUUUAGCCAUUGGAUUUCACCCAAAACCACCAAAUGACUCCUCCACACAUAUUAUGAUGUUCCCCAAGUUUUGGACUCAAUCCGAUAUCGAUUGGUCCAUGAAAUCGGACAAUUCAGGUUCGUACGAAGUUCGUUCUAAAAUGGAGUGGUUGGUGUAUUGCAUAGUUUUAGCCAUUGGAUUUCACUCAAAACCACCAAAUGACUCCUCCCACCAUAUUAUGGUGUUCCCCAAGUUUUGGACUCAAUCCGAUAUCGAUUGGUCCAUGAAAUCGGACAAUUCAGGUAGAGUCGUCAAAUGUUUGGACUCAGUCCGAUAUCGAAAACUCCACCCACCAUAUUAUGAUGUUCCCCAAGUUUUGGACUCAAUCCGAUAUCGAUGGUCCAUGAAAUUGACAAUUCAGGUUCGUACAAAGUUCGUUUAA